AUGAUCUGCCAGCAAAAGCUCCGCAAGUACUUGACGUCGAGUACCCGAUUCCAAGGCUAUGACGAAGACGAAGACUACGUGGCUAAAUCCUACAUCAACUUGUCCAACCACCGCGACAACCUCAAAUACAUCAAGGAAACCGACCUCGAGAAGGCGCGGCUGUCCAUCGUCCACACGAACCUCGCCUGGCGCCGCUUAAAGGAAGCCCACGAGAAGACCACCAUUAUUAACAAGAUGCUGCUCCAUCGCGAGCUCUCGACCCUGACAUGGAAGCCCAUUGAGACGUGCGCCACAUUCGUCCACCGAUUCCAAGAAUGCGUCCGCAAGUUUUUUUAA